AUGUCCAAUAAAAGUGACCUUCUCCUUAUAUCCAACCCUGUUCAUAAGAAAAUCCCAGUUCUCAUUCACGGCGACAAGCCUAUCUCUGAGUCCCUAGUCAUCGUCCAAUACAUCGAUGAGACAUGGACUAAUGGCCCCACCAUUCUACCUUCCGAUCCCCAUGACCGAGCCAUUUCCAGGUUUUGGGCUGCCUACAUUGAUGAAAAGGCAGAAGAGAUAAUGGCUAAAAAGAAGAUACUAGACGAAACGAAGACGCCUAGCCUGGUUGAAUGGUAUGACAGUGAUUUUGCUCAGACAAGGCUCCACCAAGCAAGUCCAUUUGCAAAUCGAGUUCAAAUUGCCCUCAAUAUUAAGUCUGUGGACUAUGAGUUUAUUCAAGAGGACAUGUCCAAUAAAAGUGAGCUUCUUCUUAAAUCCAACCCUGUUCAUAAGAAAAUCCCAGUCCUAAUCCACGGCGACAAGCAUAUCUCUGAGUCACUAGUCAUCGUCCAAUACAUCGAUGAGACAUGGACUAAUGGCCCCUCCAUUCUACCUUCUGAUCCACACGACCGUGCUGUUGCUAGAUUUUGGGCUGCGUACGCUGAUGACAAGUGGUUACCUUUGAUGUCGGAUCUUGGAAAAGCACAAGGAGAGGAGGCAAAGGCAGAAGUGCAAGAGAAACUAAAAGAAGCACUGGUGCCUUUAGAGAUGGCAUUUGUUAAGUGUAGUAAGGAGAAAGCUUUCUUUGGUGGAGAAAAUAUUGGUUACAUAGACAUUGCUUUGGGGUGCAUUUUGGGUUGGACAAAGGCAAUAAAGAUAAUGUUAGGAGUGGAAAUAUUUGAUGUAACAAAGACCCCUGGCUUGGUUAAAUGGGCUGAAAGAUUCUUGGCAAACAAAGCUGUUAAAGAUGUCAUUUUGGAGCCAGAGAAACUUGUUGAAAUCCUUAAGUUACAUUUGGCCAAAAGAGAAACUGCUAAUGCAAACUAA